CGGGUGCGCUCCCAGCGUGGCGGGGACAGAGUGGAAUCACGUCGGGCUCGGGCUUGGGCUUCGGCUUGGGCUCGGGCUCGGGCCCGGGCUCGGGCUCGGGCUCGGGUUCGGGUUCGCAGCCGCAGCCGAAUCCGCGAGGGGGCGGCGGGGCGCGGCAUAACGAAGCGCAGCGCCGCGCUGUCGGUUCACCCGGCGCGGGCCGUGACCAGCAGGGGGCGGGGAGGGAUCGAGGUGCGAGCGGCCGCUGGUGCAUGCGGCGGGAGCCCAGGCCUGAUGGCGGCCGCUGCCGCCAUGUCCCUGGGCAAUUACAGCAGCCUGAACCGGGCCCAGCUUACCUUCGAAUACCUGCACACAAACUCAACUACCCAUGAGUUCUUGUUUGGUGCCCUUGCUGAACUUGUAGAUAACGCCAGAGAUGCAGAUGCUACGAGAAUAGACAUUUAUACUGAGCGACGAGAGGACCUACAAGGUGGAUUCAUGCUAUGUUUUUUGGAUGAUGGAACAGGAAUGGAUUCAAAUGAAGCUGCCAGUGUUAUCCAGUUUGGUAAAUCAGCCAAGCGAUCACCUGAGUCCACUCAAAUCGGGCAGUAUGGAAACGGCUUGAAAUCUGGUUCCAUGCGGAUUGGGAAGGAUUUUAUCCUGUUCACAAAGAAAGAUAACACCAUGACUUGCCUCCUCUUGUCACGGACGUUCCAUGAGGAAGAAGGCAUCGACGAGGUCAUCGUUCCCCUACCCACCUGGAAUGCACGGAGCUGUGAACCCAUGACGGACAACAUGGAGAAAUUUGCUAUUGAGACGGAGCUCAUUUACAAGUACUCCCCUUUCAAAUCAGAACGGGAAGUGAUGGACCAGUUCAAUAAGAUACGUGAUGGGAAAGGCACCCUGGUGAUCAUCUUUAACCUCAAACUAAUGGAUAAUGGAGAGCCAGAGCUGGAUGUGACUUCUGACCCUCAGGAUAUUCAGAUGGCAGAAACGCCCCCAGAGGGAACCAAGCCGGAGCGCCGCUCCUUCCGCGCCUAUGCUGCUGUGCUUUAUAUUGAUCCCAGGAUGAGGAUCUUCAUCAACGGACACAAAGUACAAACCAAACGACUCUCAUGCUGCCUCUACAAGCCAAGGAUGUACAAAUACACUUCAAACCGUUUCAAGACCCGCGCAGAGCAAGAAGUGAAGAAAGCAGAGCACAUGGCGAGGAUAGCGGAAGAGAAGGCUCGUGAGGCGGAAAGCAAAGCCCGUGCACUCGAGCUACGCCUCGGAGGGGAUCUCACGCGGGAGUCCAGGGUGACACUGCGUCAGGUCCAGAACUUGGCCAUCACCUUGCGGCGGGAGGCUGACGUCAAGAAAAGGAUUAAGGAUGCAAAGCAGCAGGCACUGAAGGCACCCAAGGAGCUGAAUUUUAUCUUUGGGGUGAACAUUGAGCAACGCGAGCUGGAUGGCAUGUUCAUUUAUAACUGCAGUCGUCUGAUCAAGAUGUAUGAGAAGGUGGGCCCACAGCUGGAGGGAGGCAUGGCAUGUGGAGGAGUGGUAGGUGUGGUGGAUGUGCCUUAUUUGGUUCUGGAGCCAACCCAUAAUAAACAAGACUUUGCUGAUGCCAAGGAAUAUCGACACUUGCUGAAGGCCAUGGGAGAGCAUUUGGCUCAGUAUUGGAAGGAUGUUGCCAUAGAUGUCUGUCUGAAGUGGCGGACUCUCCCGUUCCAGCUGAGCUCAGUGGACAAGAUCUACCCUGACAACUGGGUGUGCUCCAUGAACCCUGAUCCUGAACAAAACAG